AUGGUGGAUAACGGGGCCGAAUGGAUCAAGGUCAUCACUGCCGACACACGAAGACUCGUGUUCCAGAUGACCAAUGCUGGCUGGGACUGGGACGUCAACGAGGGUGAGCCAGGAAUCGAGAUUGUGGAGCACGACGACUCUGGGAUGGAGGCCCUAGAGAUGGUUCGGGAUUUGGUUGCCGCUGCCUCUGUUUCACGCGCUGGGCGCUACUAUUACCGGACCCCGAGGGUGCGGAUAUUGCUUCCCAAGAUUAUAGAAGGCGAGAAUGGGCAUAUAGAUGCCCUCAUCAACAUGCUUCGUGGCUUGGGAAAGCAGCAUAAUGUCACGCUUACAGUGGAGUGUGGACCAGAGCUGCUGACUGCCGAUGCCGACGAACCUCCUCUCGAAGAGGUUCUUCUGCGACUUCUGCCCCAAGAGGAUUUCACUUUCACGUCUGUGCUCAACCUAGAUUGUACCAUCCUAUUCAACCUAGGCUCCGACACUGCCCACUUUAGUCCAGACAGCUUCGAGUCGCGACACGAGGCCAGGAUCAAGGAGGACCUGGAAGACGAGCGCAAAAACGGCCCGAGGCUGCCCAAGAGCAUCUACCCCGCUCUCGGCAGCCGCAGGAUCGUCUGCACCGAGCAAGUGGCCGUCAACUUCCUCAACACCGUCCUCGAUAUCGGAACCGAGACGGAGGUUUUGCGCGCCAAAAUCCUGAUACAGUCUGUCGACUGCGCCGCGGCAGAGGUUUCCGAUGAGGAGAGGCGUUCCUUGCUGCGAGAGUUUCAACAGCUUUCGGUACAUCCCGUCCCGGAUGACUUGCAGCUGCCGAUCCGCGUCGUGAAUACGCCUAGUGAAGAGGAGGUGCACGCCUUGGUGGAGUCCGGCGCAUUGCCACGGGUCUUGGCUACGUUGGAUGAGGAAAAGUUCAAAUCGAUGAACAUUUCCGCCAUCGUUCAAGGAUGGGUUCAUGAGCAGACGACGAUAACGUCGAACCGACAGGUCAUGAACCUGCUGAAUCAAAUCCUAGAUGACCCGGACAACGAGGAUAAGAAAGCUACGAAUGCCUUUCACGUGUGGAUGGCUCCAUUCGGGAGGAGACUUGCAGCGAAACCUAGAAACAACCAGGUGGCGCCGGCGCAAGAAACUCGCGCAGCCGGCGCUAUGAAUGGAGACGAAACAACCCAAUAG